CCCUGGUAUCUCCCAGGAUCAGGCAACCCUCAGGGAGAGGACACGCCCUCAGGUACUGCGCGUGUGGCUUGCGCCUUAGGUAACCUCGAUUCCCGGGCGGCCGCGGCUCAGUUCAACGGUGUCCCCGCUGGGUGCCGGCAGUCCAGUGCUCGCAGAUCCCGCAGCUGCGGAUCGGCUCUCGACCGCACGGUCCCGCUGGAGACCCCUUGGCCAGCCCAUGCUCUCAGCCACCAGAAGGGCUCGCCAGCUCUUCCACAUCCUUUCUCCUGUCCCGAGAAUGGGGGACUCCGCUUCUAAAAUCGUCAGCCCCGAAGACGCCCUGCCGGGCCGGAAGGACCGGAUCCCUGUAGCUGCCAAACAUCAUGUCAAUGGCAACAGAACAGUCGAGCCUUUCCCAGAGGGAACACAGAUGGCUGUAUUUGGAAUGGGCUGUUUCUGGGGAGCUGAGAGGAAAUUCUGGACCCUGGGAGGAGUAUAUUCAACUCAAGUUGGUUAUGCAGGAGGCUACACUUCCAAUCCUACUUAUGAAGAAGUCUGCUCAGGAAAAACUGGCCAUGCGGAAGUAGUUCGAGUGGUGUACCAGCCAGAACGCAUCAGCUUCGAGGAACUGCUCAAGGUCUUCUGGGAGAAUCAUGACCCGACCCAAGGCAUGCGCCAAGGCAACGAUCACGGCUCUCAGUACCGCUCAGCCAUCUACCCGACCUCCACCAUGCACAUGGAGGCGGCCCUGAGGUCCAGAGAGGACUACCAAAAGGUUCUGUCCAAGCAUGGCUAUGGCCAGAUCACCACCGACAUCCGGGGUGAACAGACGUUCUACUACGCAGAGGAUUACCACCAGCAGUACCUGAGCAAGAACCCCCACGGCUACUGCGGCCUCGGGGGCACUGGAGUGUCCUGUCCACUGGGCAUUAGAAAGUAAUCUCUCCCCACAUUUUUGGCCCUUGCAGUCACGGCAGAAACACUUUCAAUGCAUUGGGCAGUUCUUUCGUAGCUCACUCCGGAGGCUUUUGGAAGUGCACACAGCACAAAGGCAUAUGCUUAAAAUCUGGUGUGCGGAGGUGUAAUUCACCCGGAGUGCUGUGGCAGGUUGAUAACAUGGAAUUUACCUUCUAAUUAGUUGUGGUGGGAGGAGACCUGUGAGAUUUUUUGGAUCAUUUGGGUUCUGAAGAAAUACAACGAAUACACUCUAUUGGCUUUUCGCGGGUCUGGGAGCCUGUUCUGGAAGCUGGGGAAGGAGGGUGGCGGCUGCAGCCGGCUGCAGUGUGCUGGAAAUCCUUCCUCCCAGCCCCCUCCCGCCUCACAUGCCCUGCGCCCGCCAGUGCCUUAAAAUUCGCAGACAUUUAUAGCCUCAGUGAAUCAUUCACUGAAGUUCUUUGUUCUUUAACCCUGUCCCUGGGUAAGGGGCUCUCUCUCUCUCUCUCUCUCUCUGUGCGGCCAUCCUGUGGCUGAGAAAACGGGAGUUAGCUUUAAUCAAUUCUAGCGCGUUGCUCACAGCGAUGAGAAAUGCUUGUUCUAAUAAAAGUCUACAGUCUAAUA